AUGUUGAAUGUUUCUACAGGUGUAAACGCUGAUAUAAGGAGAGCACCGUUACGCUGCCUCCUUCGUGUGGUACUGGAGGGCAACGAUGGAGGGAAAGUCCUCUGUUGUUCCUGUCUAUAUAUACCGUCUUUGCUUUUGUUGAACUUCGUCACCCUUUCGUCUGUCACUCAUUCCUCUUUGUCUAACUCCACUCUGUCUCCUCCUGUCGCCUCUUCCUGUCGCCGCCUCCUGUCGCCGCCUCCUGUCGCCUCUUCCUGUCGCCGCCUCCUGUCGCCUCCUCCUGUCGCCGCCUCCUGUCGCCGCCUCCUGUCGCCUCCUCCUGUCGCCGCCUCCUGUCGCCUCUCCCUGUCGCCGCCUCCUGUCGCCGCCUCCUGUCGCCUCUUCCUGUCGCCGCCUCCUGUCGCCUCCUCCUGUCGCCUCCUCCUGUCGCCGCCUCCUGUCGCCGCCUCCUGUCGCCGCCUCCUGUCGCCGCCUCCUGUCGCCGCCUCCUGUCGCCGCCUCCUGUCGCCUCCUCCUGUCGCCGCCUCCUGUCGCCGCCUCCUGUCGCCGCCUCCUGUCGCCGCCUCCUGUCGCCUCCUCCUGUCGCCUCCUCCUGUCGCCUCCUCCUGUCGCCGCUUCCUGUCGCCGCCUCCUGUCGCCGCCUCCUGUCGCCUCCUCCUGUCGCCGCCUCCCGUCGCCGCCUCCUGUCGCCGCCUCCUGUCGCCGCCUCCUGUCGCCGCCUCCUGUCGCCGCCUCCUGUCGCCUCUCCCUGUCGCCGCCUCCUGUCGCCGCCUCCUGUCGCCUCUCCCUGUCGCCGCCUCCUGUCGCCGCCUCCUGUCGCCGCCUCCCGUCGCCGCCUCCUGUCGCCGCCUCCUGUCGCCGCCUCCUGUCGCCGCCUCCUGUCGCCUCCUCCUGUCGCCUCUUCCUGUCGCCGCCUCCUGUCGCCGCCUCCUGUCGCCUCUUCCUGUCGCCGCCUCCUGUCGCCUCCUCCUGUCGCCUCCUCCUGUCGCCGCCUCCUGUCGCCUCCUCCUGUCGCCGCUUCCUGUCGCCGCCUCCUGUCGCCGCCUCCUGUCGCCUCCUCCUGUCGCCGCCUCCCGUCGCCGCCUCCUGUCGCCGCCUCCUGUCGCCGCCUCCUGUCGCCGCCUCCUGUCGCCGCCUCCUGUCGCCUCUCCCUGUCGCCGCCUCCUGUCGCCGCCUCCUGUCGCCUCUCCCUGUCGCCGCCUCCUGUCGCCGCCUCCUGUCGCCGCCUCCCGUCGCCGCCUCCUGUCGCCGCCUCCUGUCGCCGCCUCCUGUCGCCGCCUCCUGUCGCCUCCUCCUGUCGCCUCCUCCUGUCGCCGCCUCCUGUCGCCGCCUCCUGUCGCCUCCUCCUGUCGCCGCCUCCUGUCGCCUCCUCCUGUCGCCGCCUCCUGUCGCCGCCUCCUGUCGCCUCUCCCUGUCGCCGCCUCCUGUCGCCGCCUCCUGUCGCCGCCUCCCGUCGCCGCCUCCUGUCGCCGCCUCCUGUCGCCGCCUCCUGCCGCCUCUCCCUUUCGCCGCCUCCUGUCGCCGCCUCCUGUCGCCUCUUCCUGUCGCCUCCUCCUGUCGCCUCCUCCUGUCGCCUCCUCCUGUCGCCGCCUCCUGUCGCCGCCUCCUGUCGCCGCCUCCUGUCGCCUCUUCCUGUCGCCGCCUCCUGUCGCCUCCUCCUGUCGCCUCCUCCUGUCGCCGCCUCCUGUCGCCGCCUCCUGUCGCCGCCUCCUGUCGCCGCCUCCUGUCGCCUCCUCCUGUCGCCGCCUCCUGUCGCCGCCUCCCGCCUCCUGUCGCCGCCUCCUGUCGCCGCCUCCUGUCGCCGCCUCCUGUCGCCUCCUCCUGUCGCCUCCUCCUGUCGCCGCCUCCUGUCGCCGCCUCCUGUCGCCGCCUCCUGUCGGCUCUCCCUGUCGCCACCUCCUGUUGCCGCCUCCUGUCGCCUCCUCCUGUCGCCGCCUCCUGUCGCCUCUCCCUGUCGCCGCCUCCUGUCGCCGCCUCCUGUCGCCUCUCCCUGUCGCCGCCUUCUGUCGCCUCUCCCUGUCGCCGCCUCCUGUCGCCGCCUCCUGUCGCCUCUCCCUGUCGCCGCCUCCUGUCGCCGCCUCCUGUCGCCGCCUCCUGUCGCCACCUCCUGUCGCCGCCUCCUGUCGCCGCCUCCUGGACGGCAUGCACGCCUACUUGGGACCGUAUGCACGCCUACUAGGGGCAGUAUGCACGUCUACUAUGGACAGCAUGUACGUCUACAAGAAGGCAGUAUGCACGCCUUCUCGGGACAGUAUGCAUGCCUUCUUGGGACAGUAUGCACGCCUAGGGACAGUAUGCACACCUACUAUUGACAGUAUGCACCCCUACUGGGGACAGUAUGCACCCCUACUAGAGAUAGAAUGCACACUUAUUAGAGGCAGUAUGCAAGCUUAA